CCCACUGCGCGACCAUCUUGCCAGAGCAGGUAGCCAAGCCAGGGGCGGAAGGAGACUUUCUGCUUGAGGGAAGCCGUCCUGAAGCACAAAGGCCAGCGGGACCCCAGUCAGCAAAGCCAGGCGGGUCCCCUCCGGUGGGCACAGGGCACCUCUGGAGCUUGCCUUCAAUGCUCGGAGUUGGCUUGGCUCCCCCAAGAGCCUGGAGCCGAGCAGUUUCCUCUUGUUCUUGGCAAGCUGGAAGUGCCCCCAUCUGUCGCCAUGGCUCGCCGGUCUCAGAGCUCUUCGCAGGGCGACAACCCCCUGGACCCCAACUACCUCCCACCCCACUACAAGGAGUACUACCGCCUCGCUCUGGACACGCUGGCUGAGGACGGGGAGGAGAACUACCACCGCUUCCUGGCCGAGGAGGGCGCCCCGGACUUCCUCUGCCCCUCGGAGGUGGAGCACAUCACCCAGCACAUCCAGAAGCCCCAGUAUGCCCAUCAGGAGGGCGGGGGUGGCAGCACAGACUCCGGCCCCCACGACACAGACAUGGAUGGCUCCUCUGGCACUUACUGGCCCAUGAACUCUGACCUGGCCGUUCCAGAGCUGGACCUGGGCUGGCCUAUGGUCUUUGGGUUUCGAGGGACGGAGGUGACCACUCUGGUGCAGCCCCCACCCCCAGACAACCCCAGCAUCAAGGAGGAAGCGCGCAGGAUGAUCCGGGCGGCCCAGCAGGUGGUUGCCAUAGUGAUGGACAUAUUCACUGAUGUGGACCUGCUGGGCGAAGUGCUCGAUGCUGCAGCCCGCAGGGUUCCUGUGUACAUCCUGCUGGAUGAGAUGAAUUCCCAGCUCUUCCUGGACAUGGCAGCCAAGUGCAGAGUCAACCUCAACUACGUGGAAUUCCUCCGGGUGAGAACAGUUUCCGGCCCCACCUACUACUGUCGCACCGGGAAGUCCUUCAAGGGGCAUGUGAAGGAGAAGUUCCUGCUGGUGGAUUGCAUGGUGGUGCUGAGCGGGAGUUACAGCUUCAUGUGGUCGUUUGAGAAGAUCCACCGGAGCAUCGCUCACAUCUUCCAGGGAGAGUUGGUGGCCAGCUUUGAUGAGGAGUUCCGCAUCCUCUUUGCCCAGUCAGACCCGCUGGUUCCUCCUGCCAAUGUCCUGAUGAAGGCGCCAGAGAGCUUCAUGGCACCCUUUGGCAUGGCGCCCUACGGCAGCAACCUGCCCCUCUUCCCCAAGAAGCACCCCCUGCUCUUCCCCCGGGAAGACAACCUUUUCUCGCCGCUGAUGGACAGGGUUGACCCAGACAGGUACUUCCUGUCCUCCUUCAGAAGAGACGACAUGCUGCGCCACACCUUGGAAGGGUCAGCGAUGCGGAUGUAUUCCAAGAAGGUGGAGAUGGAGAACUCCCAGCUGGACCCCAUCCGGGGCUUUCUCCGCUCAAAGCAGCUGGAGAUGGACUCCUUCAAAAGGCACAGCUUUGCAGAAGGCACCUUUGAGAACUUUGCUUCUUCAAAGCAGUUUUCCAGGCAGAUGUUCAUGAACAAUUUGGAUGAUUUUAAAAUUCAGUCCAGCCAUUUUCAGAAAGACCAGUUCUACCAGUAUCAGUUUGAGCAUCCUCACGGUGCCAGCAGGCCCCAGGGGCUCUUCGAGAGAAUAAGGGGAGGCAGGCCCGGGUUCAACGAAGUGGAGGAUUACGCCGACGGCUUCCGGUGCCCGGAAGUAGAAUCCGGUUUCCCCCAGGAGGGCUACCCUCUGCGGCUGGACUACGUGCCUUCCAAUUCCUCCAAGGAAGUGAGGCAUGGCUCUGACCAAGUGAAUGUGGCUGGGAAUGGCCCUCUUGGGCUGCCCUCAUUCCGGACACAGAACAUGGGGCAAAAGUUCAUGUGCCAGACCUCCCCAACCCAGAAGCAGAGCCUGGAACAAAGGCUGUUCCUGCAGGACCAAGACCAGGAUUCAGAUCAAGGCAAGAAAGUGCAAGAGAACCGAACUGGCCUGCGCAACUGGAGAAUUUCCUCCUACCUGAGUGGGUACCAGUCUGACCCAGGAGAGGAGGGUCUCCCGACGCCCAUGGAGUCAGAGGCCUACAACGAGGUGCUUGGCCCCACAGAGCCCCUCCCACGGUUCCCCAGUGACCUCCUCCCCUCUUUCAAAGCCCCACUGCCACUUUCAGGAGCUGAGAGGCCAGCUGAGGAGGCCUCUUUGGUGAAGCAGGAUCCCUUCAGGAGCAGGAUCAACCCCUUGAUUCAGAGGAGCUCACGACUCAGGUCGUCCCUUAUUUUUAGUGCUGCCAAAUUGGACCAGCAGAACACGUCGGCUGAGAAAGUCCAGAUGAUUCAAAAAGAGCAGACAUCCAGCGAGGUGACGAAGGACAGCGAGACAGUCAAGACCACCACCGCUUCCAAAGUAGCUGAGCUACUUGAGAAGUAUAAGACAGUGGGCAAAGACUCAGAAAGUACGACCGUCAGUCACACAAAGGCCAUGUCCUCUUUCCUGCAGGAAGAGUCCCAGAAUGCAGAGAGGAAAUGCACCAAGUCGGUGCAGUACAAGAUCUUGGAGAGCCACGUGUCAGACUCCAAAGACUCUCUUGGCAGCUACAAGUUGCACUUGGAGUCAGAUAGGGCAUUUGGAGAGUCCACCUCGGCCGGCCAGCUCACUGACGUGCUUGGCAAGGAUCCCAUUGCACAGAUAAGCGGUAAAACAGACAAGCUCGCUUCUCGGUUCUACCCAAUAGAGAACAAGCCCAGUCUUCCAGAGGAGAGCCUCAUAUUUGUUGGAGAAACUCAGAAACGAGCUCUUGCAGAAAGACAGGAGAAGCUUUGCUUCAAAGGGGAAGCUCAGAAUCUGCCCGAGACAGAAUUCAAGAAAGCAGAACAAGCCCAGACUGUGGAAGUUCCCUCCAAGGCUCACGGCUCCAACAGCUCCCUCAAUAAGCCAGAGGAAGACGGCGGUAAGCAGGAGCAGAGCCCACGGGAGUUUUUCAGGAAAGGAUCUCUCAGGCUAAAGCAGCUGCUGAACCCCAAAGGGGAGAAGAAGCCAGAAGAAGACGCCACCCCUGAGAGCUGGAAGCCAGAGAAGCCAAGUGCAGGAGGCCUCAAGCGACUGUCCAAAGGUGACUUCCAGGAGGCGAUAGAGGAAGAGAAGUCUCCAAAGCCGGCUCCUUCCCCCCUUGUCUCCAAAGGCAGCCAGUCCCCUCAGCAUCGGUUUCCCUCAUCCACAUCCAAUGUCCUCUACAGCAGCAACCUCCGGGAUGACACAAAGGUCAUUCUUGAGCAGAUUUCUGCUAACAGCCAGAAGAACCGAGCGGAGCUGGCCAGGCAGCUGCCAAGCUCCAGCAACCCAGAGCUGUCCAAGUCGGCCACCAGCCUGGACCACAGAGCUGAGGAGAGAAGCACCGGGAUCCUCCGGUCGGAGAGCUUUGGCAGCCACAGGCGGAAUCUGCAGAGGGACCCUUCGGAGGACAGGGACUCCCUCCUGAAAAGGAUGGAGAGCAUGAGGAAGGAGAAGCGGGUUUACAGCCGGUUUGAGGUCUUCUGCAAGAAGGAUGAGCAUGGCGAAGAGGAAGGUGAGCCCGAUGCCAAAGACAAGAAGGUGGGCAAAUUCAUGCCCAAGCUCCUGGGCACAUUCAAAACAAAAAAGUGACUCUGAUGUUGCUGCCCACCUUCACCUCUCUGGUCCAGAACCGCUUUGCCUGGGACAAAUGCUGGUGGGAAGCCCUCCUGUCAGGACAGCUGCGUUGACCCCCCCCCCCAGCUGUGGAAUGGGUUGAGCGGGUGGCUGGGCUGGUGGCAGGGGGGCUCUGGGCCCCUGGAAGGGGGACAAAAGGGGCACCAGAAGGCGCUGCUUCAAACCAAACUCUGUCGGGGGGAGGGGGGCCCAGCUGACAUGGAGUUCUGUAACCAUCUGUCAAAGCAGCUUUCUGUGACAAACUUUCUGCUUCAGUGUCAGGAGUUGGCGGGUGCCAAGCUGCUUUUUGGGUUAAGAUCCAGCCUUUCUCUGGCUUAGUGCCAACCUCAGCGAAAGCAUCACUGGCCACUCUACAGCGGUCUUUGCAGCACCAGAAGAUGCCUACUUGACCAGCGCUGGGGACCCACCACUUAACCAGAUCUUUCUCAGAGAGAUUGUUUCUACUCUCUCUCUCUCUCUCUCUGUGUGUGUGUGUGUGUGUAUGUAAAGCACUUGAGGGGCUGCAGGGUAGGCUGAGACUUAGGCUGGUAGAGCUGGCUGGGUGCUGACUUCCACCACUGCACAUGUCGCUGUUGCAAGGCAGAUGAGGCUUCCUCCAGGCACUGGCAGGAAGGAAGAAGCAACCCUGCUGGGCAGGGUGAGGAUAGGAAGAGGAGACGGCAGUUCUGCUCUGCUGAAGGACAGGGGCUUUUGCGUCACAUAGGUAGCUGCUUCUGCACCACCCUUCUUCUGACACUUCCCCUCCCGCCCCAAUCCUGAUACCCUCCAUUGUCACUCUGGUUCCCCCAGGCACCCUAUUUAUUGAGCAUCCUCCAUCCUGACUUGCUUCCACAAAGCUGCUGCACAGGAGACAAGGCUGCAUCCAGCCUUCAUUGGGCAUUUGUUCUCAUUUGCUUGCUGGGAAGUUAUACGACAGUGAUCAUCCAUCUUGGUUGAUUUAGACAUCUUGCUGCUCAUCAUUCAUUCAUUCCCCCCCCCCUUUUCAGUGGGUUUCCCUAUCACUUUCCUAAUUGCUCAAAGGCUGCUUUUUUAAGUGGUGCUGGGGGGACAGAGAGGGGUUUGAAUCAUUUUAAUUGUGCAAACCUGAAUUUACAGCAUGAAUUGCUCCCAUGAGUCUGGAGGUGCGCAGACUAAAGUGGGCUGCUCCAUUUCAGACUGCAGGCGGGGCUAAUGUGAUAGAAUGCUCCUUCAUAAGUAAAUGUUCUUCCUUCCACAUAGAAAAUGGCUUGCUGGCUUAGUCUUCCUGAAAUGAUCGUUGUCUAUGUGCAGGAACCCUUUCCCUGGGAGGAGCAUUCACUCCUUUGACCUCCAUUCUGAACUGCAGCAGCCAAGAUGCGGCUGGCCCACCUGGGGCAGGAACUGCGGCUGAGUGGAAGAGGGCUGCCCCAGGGCAGCGAAGGUCCCUGGUGCCUCCCGUUAGACCAGUCUCAGUGAGCAGCACAGCCAGGAAAGGCUUUGCAGAAAGAGGAGAGGUGAAUCAGGCCAUGGACAGAAGCAGCCGGCAAGGGGAGCAGACACACAAAUCAUGUUUAAUGGCUGUGGUUCAAGUUGCCCACCCUGCAGGAAGGAUUGCCAGCAAGGGGACUCAAGCCAGGUCUUGGCCAGGAAUCCCACCUCCCGUGCAGCAGUGAGGGUCUCAUGAAAACCAUUGCCCACACAUGCUGGACCAGGAGCAUUUAAAAGAGGCAACUAUUUAUGCCCCUGGAAUUAAACCAAUAGGCAUGUAAACCACCACUGCUUUAUGAGGAUGGUUUUCAGGGUGAGAGCAAAACCCACGCAGGUUGUUAGAAGCUGGCAGCCAACAGGGAGAACCUGGUGUCCCUCCCUUUCCUCCUUGCGCUGCCUCUCUGCAUGCUGCCUUUGAAAGACAGGUUCUCUUGGUGAGGAAGCACAGCAGUGCUUCAAUGGAAGCAUGCAAAGCAGCCAUGUCCCUUUUGGGGGCUGUCACUCCAUUACUGCUUCCCCAAACAUAAGGGGCCUCUCCCCAAAUCUCAGGGUGAGGGGGAUGCUACCCGCAAGCGUGGGCAGCCACCAGGCUGGAGCAUUUCUCAUCGUUUCGAUUGUAUGAACUUACAAAUUCAUGGAGGAGAGUAAGGUGACUGCCAGUCAGGAGGGCCGUGUCCCGCCUCCAAGAACACCAGUCGCCACAGGGAGAGGCUGUUCUGCUCAUGUUCUGCUUGUGGGCUUCCCAGGAGCAUCUGCUGGGCCUCUGAAAGGAACCCAGUGCUGGACUGAAGGGCCCCCCCCCUUUGCUCCAAUUCCACUGCAGGGUUCUCUGUCUCUUCUGGACAUCAUUGCCUUGUGCCAGAUGCUAGUUGGUUUGGGUUGUGAAUCUCUUGAGAAGUGAAGAAACGAAAGAAUCAAAGUAGAUGAUUCCCAGAAGGCUGGGAAUAUUGCACUGAAGAGCAGAGGGGACCAUGAAUGACUGCAGACAGGCCCAAGCCUGUGGAGUGUCCUGGCUUCAUGUGCAGAGCCACAAGCCUCUGCUAGUCCUGAAGCACAGUUUGCCCCUCUCUGUUUGUUGCAUCAAUUGAAUUAGUGUAAGUUGCUUAAAAUGCCAACUGGGUAGCAUUCAGCUGUCCACUGAAAUGUAGAAGCUACUUCUGGAGCAGGGCCCACAGGACUGGCAAUUGGAGCAGGUGACAGGCGGAGGCCACCCAGCCAAAGCCACAGCAGAGGGGAGGGGGCACAGAAAUACUGUAUCAGGAGGGUUGACAUUCUGCACUAAAAGCAAUAAUAAGUUCUGUGACUGGAAUAAACUAUGCAAAUGUACAUACAA